AUGCGUGUCUCUAAUCCUCCCAUAACCCUCGUUAAUCACGUGACCGAGAGGCAGGGGGAAAUGGCUGUGUUGGCGGCAGCAGCACCCAGAGCACCGAGAAAGAAAGCAGCUGGCCCUGGAGGGCCUUGUGCCAGGCUCAGGGCCUGGAGGGACUCCGGCAUUGAUUGCAGCGCACCGAGUCGGGACGGGAGCCGGGGGCCGGCGCCAGAAGACCGACGGCCAGUGCCCAGCUCGACCUCGCUGCGCGCUCUCAUCUCUUCCUCUCCGGGAAAAGCUCCCCGCAGCCUCUCAAGUCCUCAAACGGACCACAAGGCUCUGGUGCCCGAGGGGAGGAGGAAGGCGACGGUGUCCCCGAGAGCCGGUGGCACACGCGCGCUCUCACCAGCUCGGCUCGCAGCCCGGCCAGGGCGCUCUAGACGCUCGGGUCUCUGCUCCUCCUGCGCCUCCGCUUCCGCCUCCGCCGGGGGGCGCCGGGAGCCCCCUCGCGGCACAGCCAGCUGGAAGGCGCCCGCCAGCCGCCGCCUGAGGUCUUCCGGCAGCCGGCAUGGGGGCGACGGGGGCCUCCUCCUGGCCGUCCGUGCGCUUGCUGCCCCCGGGGGAGCCGCGCGUCGGGCAAGGGCCUCGGGGCCAAAGCCCAACACUGACUGGGACUCCGUGGGGUCCCCGGGAAGUCGCUUCUCUGCGGCUGCCGGAGUCCCCGGGGCCCAUUCCAGAGGCGGCGGGGCCCAUUCCAGCGGCAAUCGGAGGAGGUGGUUCCCCGUAACUCCGCGAAGAGGUUGCAACUGGAUCACUUCUUGCUCCUUGGAGUGUCUAAGAGGAAGACUUGUAUCUCUCCAGAUCAUUUACUUCAACAAGAACUUCAGAUCCUUGACAGAUGACAUCAUGAUCCACCUUUGCCUCUGAUACUCAUAGCCUCACUUUGCUAAAGAAAUGAAUCAUGGCAGGAGAGAAGCAACAUAAGGCAUGGAAAACCAUAGAGCCUAACUAAUGCAUUGCUUAAAAUAGCAAGUAGAUUUCACCCCAGUUGAUCUUCCUAUAAUGAGACAGUGGAUAAAGGCUCUCUGCUUAACAACAAGGUAUGUAAUUGAGAAAUCUUUUCAGUUUCCAAUUGAUGGUGAAAAAAUUUGUUGAACUGAGUGUUUAUACAUAAGUGUACUUUAAUAAAUUCCAAGUGGUCAACAGCAAAUGCCAGUUGAAAACCAUUCUGUGAAUCUUCGGAAAUUUGCUUAAGGUUAAAAUUAUUCACUUCUCAAUCUCAUUUUUUUUUAUUUUUUAAAAAUGUUCAAUAUUCUAAACAUAUGCAAAGAUAAAGAAUUUAAAGUGAUCCUUUAUAUGCACUUCACCCAAAUUUGGCAACUGUCAGCUCAGAGCCAAUGCAGUUUUAUUUAUAGCCUUACCCACUCCUCUUCCUCCUUCUUGGGGAUUAUUUUGUAAUACAUGCCAAACAUCCUAUCAUUUAACAUAUAAAUAUUUUAGUAUGAAUCUCUAAAGGAUAAGAAUGCUCUUUAAAAAUAUAACUACAAGUGGAACAAGAUGGCAACAGAGUAGGAGGACACUAGGCUCAUCUCGUGUCAUGAACACAACUAGAUGACUAUCAAAUUAUCCUAAAUACCCCGGAAAUUGACCUUAAUACAGAACAAAUUCCACAGCUAAAGGGAGAGAAGAGGCCACAUCGAAGAUGGCAGGAAGGCAGGAUGUGGUUUAGGGAGAAAUGGAUCAUAGGUGCUGCAAAGGGAAGGGAGCCAUGGUCACAGAAAAGGGUGAGAGAGAGAGAGAGAGGAGCACACAGGAGAACACACAAGGAGGAUGCUUCCCCAAAGCCAUUGGCUUGGAAAACAAGAGGGGCUGAAUUUUGUGAGUUCAUGAAACCAUCAGGGCUUAAAGCCUGUAGUGUUAAAAGUCAGUGAGCUUGGCUGGGAUAGACCCCUGAGGGCACUGUCCUGCUCCAGGA